AUGAUGCUCUUCAGCUCGAAUACUGGGGGCACAGGCUCCAGCUUGGCUAAAGCAGCCAUUAUCGUGGCCGGAGUGGCCUCGCUGAUGGCCUCUCUCAUCUCGCUACUGUCCAUCUGGCUACAGACUAAAAACUACCGGAAACCUCUCCUCCAACGAUACGUCGUCAGAAUACUCUUGAUGGUACCUAUAUUCGCGAUAUCAUCUUGGACAAGCAUAGUUUCGUUGAAAGCAGCAGCGUGGGUUGCACCUAUUCGAGAUAUCUAUGAAGCAUUUACCAUAUAUACCUUUUUCCAGCUCCUGAUCAACUUUCUCGGAGGAGAGAGGUCACUAAUAAUUAUGACCCAUGGCCGUCCUCCAAUACAACACACCUGGCCACUUAAUAAAUGUCUCCCAAAGAUAGACAUAUCCGAUCCGUACACCUUUCUGGCCGUGAAAAGAGGGAUCCUACAGUACGCAUGGCUAAAACCGAUUCUUGCAUUGGUUACCGUCAUACUUAAAGCAACUGGAACCUUCCAGGAGGGCUACAUUGGCCUCUCCUCCGGAUACCUGUGGGUUGGGAUUAUCUACAACCUCAGCGUCACAAUCAGUUUAUAUUCGCUGGCGUUGUUUUGGAUCAUUAUGAAUGACGAUCUCAAGCCUUACAGGCCAGUCCCGAAAUUCCUGAGCGUCAAACUCAUCAUAUUCGCCUCCUAUUGGCAAGGGUUCUUUCUUUCUAUCCUUCAGUUUCUAGGAGCAAUUCCUUCUGGACCAGAAGGGUACUCCCCGAACAACAUGGCAGCUGCAAUUCAGGAUUUAUUGAUUUGCUGUGAGAUGCCAAUAUUUGCACUUAUGCACUGGUAUGCAUUCUCGUGGCAUGACUACGCAAAUGCGUCUAUCUCCUCCGCUCGAAUGCCGGUAAAAUACGCGAUUCGCGACGCAUUCGGAGUAAAGGAUCUCAUUGAGGAUACCAAGGAAACUUUCCGGGGUGAAAAGUACCAGUAUCGAUUUUUUGAUUCAGAAACGAACGUUAUUGCCCACGAGGAAUCCCGAUCACGGAUGGCUCGCGUGAUGGACGGCAUGCGAUACGAAAGAGGAGGAAAGGCAAAGUAUUGGAUCCCCAAGCCAAAAAAGGCGAAUAGCCGCACACCACUAUUGGGACCUGAAUCGUCAUCCCGGAGGACGUCCUAUGCCAGUUCGAGCCGUAUAAGGGACGAAGGCCGGCGAACAUAUGAUAUCGAGGAGCCCACUCUCAACGAGGAUGAUGAAAUCUGCUUUGAGAAUGCGCGUAAACUAGAAUUUGGCGACUGGAAUUACCCCGUCAUAACAACAAACGAAGUAUACAGAGAACAGGUGUGGCACUCUCGUGCAUCCAUGUACUCGAGUCGACAAGGAUCAAGUGAAGGAAAUCAGAUAAAACGGCCUGGCAACCGCCAAAGCAGACGUCAGCGUUCUGCAGAAGGGCAGUCCAGCGCAGCAUAUAGUAACAUCAACGCAGACAAGGGCAAGCAGCCGGCCGCUCUGACCAGAGGGACAAGCCGGAUGAGCCAAUUGAGCAGCUCUUCCCGCCAGCUCGCAGACUUGGUCGAUGAUGCAGACGAGACCGCAACUCAGAGAGUAAAUGAUCAGCUUCCUCGUGAUACCGUUACUCGAAAUUAUGCACAGGAACAGCAAUCCAUGAACACUGCACACCACGCUAGCAAAGCAUCGCAGCUCCAACUAGAGCAAAGCGAAGCCCUUGACUAUUCUAAUUAUAAUAAUACUGAGCAUGACACGCAUCAUCACACCGGCGGCUUCCAACAUGACGGAUCCAGGCCGGGGCCAGAGGGGUACAGCGGUGUCUUUGACGACGAAUAUGAUGCCUGGAACACCUCUGGUGCAACCAAAUAA